GAGGGGAGCUAUAAUUUGCUUGGUGGACUCUAUUUGUUUGUUGGUUUGUUGUGCACUGGUGGUUAGAAUUUUGGAAUUUUUGACCGUUGACUGGCCUUCCCUUCCUCCCCCACCUUCUUUUUGUGGUCGCCACGUCUCCCUCGCUCGCUCCCUUUUUGUUUUUAUUUUUCUUUUAUUUUCUAUGGACUGAAUUUGUUACUCGACUUAGUAGUGGGCCACGAGGCACGGCCUGAAAGAAAACAACGGUGGCCCAACCCAAAUCCACUAAACACUCGCCACUCUCUGUGUGUGUUUCAGCAACUGAGCUUCUCGAGAGGCAGAGGUAGUCGGCAGGCGAUCUGUGGCUUCAGAUCCAUUAGCCACACAGAAAAGGAUAGGAAAAAGAUGAGGUAUGGUGUUUGGAGAAGGAGACGGGUGUCUGCAGGAUCAAUUCUGAUAGUGUGUGCAUUGUGUGCUGGAAUGGGGCUGUUGAUGCUCAACUUAAGACAAGUUGAUCCUCCAACGAGCCCCGAUUUCCCUAUGCAAAUUCACAAUUCGGAUUCGGAGUCUGAAAGCGGUGGUAGGGUUGGGGUUGAGGACGAGCCUGAGAACAAGAGUAAGAGAAAAUCCAACUCCUGUGCUACGGUGGAAGAGAUGGGAAAGGACUUCAAAGGAGGGUUCUGGGAGGAAAGUCUCAGAGUCAGGAAACUUAUUCAACAUCACUUUGACUUGAAUGGUGCUUCCCGGGUCCGAAAUCUUCCUCCGGAACAGUUUUGUCAGCAUGGCUUUGUGAUGGGUAAAGCAUCAGAGGCAGGUUUUGGGAAUGAAAUGUACAAAAUUUUAAGUGGUGCAGCAUUGAGUAUACUUUUAAACCGGUCCCUGAUCAUUGGGCAAACCAGGGGAAAAUUCCCUUUCGGGGAUUACAUUUCUUAUUCCAACAUUUCCUUUACCAUGAGAGAAAUUAAGCAUCUGUGGAGACUUAAUAAAUGUGUUAAGAAGUAUGGAAGGCAACUGAUUAUGAGGACUGAUGACUUUGAGAAGCCAACACAGACAAAUGUCCUUUGUAGUGACUGGAGGAAAUGGAAGCAACCUAUCAUAUGGUUCCAAGGUACAAAUGAUGCUGUGGCAGCCCAAUUUUUCUUGAAAAAUAUACACCCCGAGAUGAGGAAUGCUGCUUCUAUUUUAUUUGGAAAGCCAGAGGUUCUCCAUUCUCGGCCUAAUGUAUUUGGGGAGCUGAUGAGAGUGCUUAUAACUCCUUCUGAGGAUGUUGAGGAUGCCGUCAAUUGGGUUCUUGGUGGAGUGGAACCUGAUAUUUCACUGCACAUGCGAAUGCUCAUGAAUAAGUCUAUCAGAGCUGCACAGGCAGCAUUGAACUGCAUCAGAAAAGUUAAGCAAAAUCUUGGCAAGUCACCAAGACCCCGGGUAGUCAUAGUGUCAGAUACUCCCUCUCUUGUGAAAAGUAUUACACCAAAUAUAAGUAAAUUUGCAGAGGUCGUUCAUUUUGAUUAUGAACUUUUCAAAGGAAAUAUAUCUGAUAGCAGAAAGGGAUUGCACAGUUUAGAUUUUAGGAUGAGAGAUUGGGGCCCAGCGCCCAGAUGGGUUGCCUUUGUAGACUUCUUUCUUGCAUCACGUGCAAAAUAUGCUGUUGUGUCCGGGGCUCACAGGCGUGUUGGGACGACUUAUGCACAGUUAAUUGCAGCACUGGCUGCAGCAAACAAUCUUGGCGACAGACCAACUGGUUCUAAAUUUGCAUUUUUAAGCAGCUUUCAAGGUGAUUUGUUGAGAGAAGGUUUAAGAUUUCAGAUUGGUUGGGGGCAUGUGUGGAACAGAUUUGCAGGUCCCCUUGGGUGUCAUAACCAGCCUAAUCAAUGUGCUUUCACACCGCUUCUCCCUCCGGCAUGGUGGGAUGGCCUUUGGCAAUCCCCACUUCCAAGGGAUAUCAAGAAGUUGGCAGGGUACGGCAUCCAGUUAUCGGGGUUUGGCACAAUUGAUGAAAAUUAUCUUGGCACUUUUUGUAGCUCAAGGAAGGUUGUGGUGAAAACUGUUCCAUUCCUUUUGUAAUACUUGACGUUGCAUUUCAUUCAUCCUUUGUUCUGGCACGUCCUCCACUUUUUGUACUUGUAACAUUAAGCCACUCAUUCACGUUC